CUCUGGAAAAAAAAAUGGAAAAAGAAGCUGUUCAACUAGAGGCACGCGCCGGGACAAGCACCACUUAAUUCAAAGUACAGCAUGCAGAACAAAUCUUCAAAAUUCCAGCGUUUCUGCGUCAAAUGACAUCAAAAUCGCAGCUUUUCUGUUGCAGACGCACUUUGGUUCACUCCGUUCAGUUGAAACAACCCAAUUCCUAAUUCACUUCUUCAGUGAUCUCCCUGUUGGCCAAUUUCACCAUAUUCCAGCGGCCUCAUUCUCCCAUCUCCAGUCUUAAUUUGGUGUUCUGGCUGCAAGCCUUCAUCUCUCUGUACCAUCCAGUGUUGUGAGUCUCCACUUUCGAAUUUUCUCUGCAAUUUGUCAGUCAUGAGAAAGACCAGGAAGAGAAAACAGGAUGCAGUUGGAGAGGACUCUUCAAAGCCCAAGCGUGAUCAUUUGGGAGAGUUUGACACAGAAAACUUCCGCUCAGAGGAAGCCAGAUCAGAAUUCCAGGAAGUGAAAGGCAAAGGGAAGAAGAUGGCAUUUAAAGACAGAGAGGUACUCCCUGGACGCACUAUUGAUAUUAAUUUCCUUGAGACUAUUGGUUUUCCUUUCUUAGAAGAUUUUAAGAAGUGGAAUUGGAUACAGUUUUUGACAAUGGAAAGAAGCUAUUACACGUCUCUAGUAAAAGUGUUUUAUUUUAACAUGGAUCUGAAUGGUUCUCGUGAAGAUGGGAGUCGUCACAUUGUCAAUCAUACUGGUGGGAAUAAGUUUAAUAGCUUUGUCUUAGGUAAAGAAUUUGAGAUCAAUGAUCGGAUUGUUAAGAAAGCUAUUGGAGUAAGGGUGGCUAAUGGCUGUAAAUAUGAUGCUAGUUUUAAUGAUGUAGAAGCUUGCAAAGUUGUCUUUGAGGACAACACACUAACCAGAGCAUGCUUCGAUAUUAAUAAAUUAUCAAUGCAUAGGAGGUUGUUGCAUCUUAUAAUCAGUUAUAUCAUCAAUCCUCGGGCUGGCAAGCAUUCUGGAAUGACAAGGGAAGAUCUUUGGUUGAUGUUCAAAAUCAUUACAAAGGAUCCCCCAGACUUGGCUCAUUGGAUAUUGAAGUGCAUUAAGGAAAUAAGAAAUAAGCAUGCUGCAAAAUUGGCGUUUGGAAAAGUGAUCAGUAAAAUAUUGGACAACACAUUUGGAAAGCACAUUCAUGAAGAAUUUACAGCCCACUCUUCUGAGACUCCAAUUGGCAAGAAUUCUUUGAGUUUGAUGGGUUAUGAAGAGAAGGAUGGACAAUGGGUCCCCAAGGAAAACAGGGGCAAGAAGAAGGCAGCAUCUAGACAAGAGACAGAAAGAGGAGAAGAGGCAGAGAGUAGUCAAGGAAUCUCCCUCUUGUUGAAUAGGAUUUGGGAGAAACUUCAAGAGCUUGAAAACAGUAUGAAACAGAUGGAAAAACGGCAAGAAGCACUUGAGAGGCACUUGGGCAUCAAUCCAUCUGCUUCUCAGCCAUGACAUGACCAUUCUCCUAUCCUUUUCGACCUUUAGCUUUCAUGUUCUGUGGGUGACAUUAUGAAGCACAAACAUUUUCCAUGGUCGGCAUAUCUACUUGUGUAUUAGUUAUAUUUACUCUCUUUUUUUCCUUUUUACCGUGGUUCUGAACCAUGUUUAAGGAAUUAUGUACUCUGGAUCUAAUUUGGUAGCCCCUCAAACUUUAUCUACUUUUUUCAAUAUUGUCCUUAAGCCCUCAAAGUUUUCUAAUUAGACAUAGAGGGUUAAGUAAUUGUAGGACUAAUUUUGUUGGUUGUUCUUCUACCCUUAUUGGAACAUUAU